GUGACGUUUGAGGCGUGAGCGAGCUGUGUGCAAAAUCAAAACACAGCUGUUAAUUUUAGAGAUAUGUUUGUAAAAUUGCUAAAAAGAAGUGCGUUUUUAUAAUAUAUUUUUAUUUAAAUCGAUUUUGCGUAGCGGUAGUUUUCAAAUUCCAGCAUAUCAAACGCCGGGAGAAAAUGCACCACAUGUAAGAAGUUUAAUAUCUGUUCUAGAACCAUUAUUACGUUGCUUCUAGCUGUUGGUGGAUGUUGAAAUAUACUCGGUCAUUCUAACGUUUUAUGGGUGCUCGCAAUUCUAGAAGGAUGUUUAUGAUGAUAGAUGACGAUGACGAUUCUGUGUCCAGAAUCGAAGACACCUCAGAAGAUUCCGAUGAUUCUAUUGAGUCUGAUUCAGACCCGGAAGAACAGUCCUUUGUUGACAUGCUACAUAGUCUAAUAAAUCGUGCACAACUCCCACUGGAAACCAACGAUAGGGACUUCCAUCCGGAUAUCCGGAUGCCAAAAAUUAAAUAUAAACUAGAUACAUCAAUUUUAGAUAAAAGUGAAUUUUCUUUGCUAACUAAGAAAGCCUGCGGAUUGUUAGAACCAAAAAGAAGGUUUAGCAAAACAAAUAAUGUCUCAGCACUCAUAAGGAAUAGAGAAUCUGGUCUGUAUAAAGAAGAGAAUUUCUCAAAGGCAACUAGGUGCAAAAUAUCCAAUCAGUAUCUUCCCAAUGAAAUGGUCGGUACUUUAGAGAACGGUAGUGCAAAAAUAUUUUGUGGAAUUUUUUCGGGAGAUGGAAAUACAUUUUUGACUGCCUCACAAGAUAGAAAUAUUAAAUUAUAUGAUGUAAAAAGUUCUUCAUACGAGUUAUACAAAACUAUAAGAGCCAGAGAUGUCGGUUGGAGUAUAAUAGAUGUGGCUUUCAGUCCCGAUGGCAGCAAUUUUGUUUAUUCCACCUGGUCCUCCAGUUUACAUAUGUGUCCGGUUCGUGGUUCUUCCGACCACCAAGAACCCCUAAGUCUAGUCAACACCAGCAGGCGGUUUUGCGUAUUUUCUGUCACCUAUUCGUCAGACGGCAAAGAAUUAGUCUGCGGCACUAAUGACGGGUGCUUGUACAUAUACAAUAUGGAAGUGCAGAGCAGGAUCUUGAGGAUUCCUGCUCACACUUCUGACAUAAACCGAGUCCUUUUCGCCGACAAUUCGUCCCAAAUUAUCUAUAGCGGAAGCGAUGACGGAUUGGUGAAGGUGUGGGACAGGAGGACUCUAGAUGACAGGCAUGUCCAACCUGUAGGACAGUUGGCUGGUCACAUGGACGGUAUCACUUACAUAGACUCGAAAGGCGACGGCCGACACCUGAUCAGUAACAGCAAAGACCAGACGAUAAAACUGUGGGACGUCCGCUGUUUUUCCAACGAAAAAACGGUGACGAAGGCGCUGUGCGCCGUCAAAAACCCCCCGUGGGACUACCGGGGACAGGGCGUGCCCAAAGGAUUCUGUCAAGCUAACAGGCUGGAUGGCGAUACGUCUAUCAUGACGUACAAGGGUCACGUGGUAGCCAAAACGCUUAUCAGAGCCCGCUUUUCGCCGGCAGAAACCACCGGUCAGAGGUAUAUUUAUACGGGGUGCGGCACUGGACGCGUACUAAUUUUCGAUGCCUUGACGGGAAAACCUGUUAAACAAUUAAAAAUGCACUCCACUUGCGUCAGAGAUGUCUCGUGGCACCCGACGCGUAACGAGAUACUCAGUUCUUCGUGGGACGGUACGGUGGGCAGGUGGACGUACUGUAAAACGAACAGCGUGGACAAAACGAAAGACUCGUUCUCGGCUAAACCGUUGAGGAGGAGCGCCAGACUGGCGGCCCAGCGCCAAGUAAGGGAACAGGCCAACUGACAAGACGUGGCAACAGCGCCGACGCGUCGGUCGACGGUUUAUUAUUGUUUAUAUAUUACGUUCUUUCGAGUUUAGACGAAAAGAUUUUUAUUUUGUUUCAUAUCGUUUUUUCGUAUUGUUUCCGUAAGUUGUUUAGGUGUUUUGAACGGCCGCAACCAUGGAGGGUGAAAAAUAACUGGACCUUAGCCUCUUAAAAAAUUCAGUGGGGUCGACUUUUGAGUAGCAAAUCUACGGUACGUCUCCGGAUCGUCUUUAUAAUAAAUUCUUUUUUAUUAUUGAGUUUUUGAGAAAAAUGAUAAAAUUAAAAUAGUCCUAAAAAUCAAAACGCGUUUCUAUGAUUUUUUUCAUUUAUUUCAUUUUUUUGCUAUUUUAAAUUUUUAAAGAAGCACAAAAUUUAUAAUCUCAACUAAAUAAAAUUUUGGGCUUCUUUAACAUAUUAAAACGGUAUGGAAAAACUUCUAUAAAGACAAUCCGGGGACAUACUGUAUAGCAUUCGAUUGAAAAACUUACUUAAAAAGACCAUAUGCUUAAAAGUUACUUGUUUUAAAAAUACAUGGUGUUGAAAAAUUUAAAAAAAAACUAUAAAUUUCUACACCCUGUAUUGCUAAAACCAACCAAUUUUGAACCAUUUUCAUAAGUUUUUCUAUUGGCUGUUGUUAUUAUUAAAAUGCGGACUACCACCCUGUAUAUUACACGCCUCGAUGCAGAUAUCGUCCGAUCGAAAAAUAAAUCACCGUCAAAGUGGCCUUUGAAAAAUUAAAAUCAAUGAAAAUUUCCAUUAUCAACAAAUUAGCCUAAAAUUUACAUUUAAUUUAGAAUGAAAGUAGAUUUAUUUUUUUCUGACAAAUGUUAUAUCAAUAAAUGACUAAAGGCUACCGUGACGCCGUUUUUUUUCGUUCGCUGAGAUUUCUUUGUUUUUUUUUUCUGUAAUGUAACUGUCAGAGUCUAAGCCCUCUUGAUUAUCGUACCAACUAAAUAAAAGUUGUUUAGUACAAAACUAUUAAAAGUCGUUUUUCAGAUGUCUUAAUACUUGAAAUUUUAAUUUAACAAAGUGUCCAGAUAUUUUGUGGUCCAUGGCUGUCACGCGGCAUAUUGUGAUAACUGUCAAAUUCUAGACGAAUUUGAAUUAUUAUAUUAUCCUAAAACGUUUCUUUUUUUUUUGAAAGUUUGUAGACAAUGUCUCAUUUGAAAUAAAACCGUUAGAAUAUCAAACUGUGCGUGUGGUACCGUAUUAUCGAAAAAAAAAAUGGCGUCCAGUAGGCUGGGAGAUGGCAAUCGAUGACAUUUCAUAGCCAUCGCUGACACCGUUUUUUUUUCUAUCAUAUUGUAUUAUCUUUAUGUAAACACAUUUUUCACAGUGUCUGUCUAAUUUCCUUGUUGUAAUAUUUCCAUUUCAUUGUUUUUUCCUUGAUUAUCCAAUAAAAAAAAAGACAAAA